UUUGCGCACCCUGCUAGAAAACGGGCGGUGUUGGGGGGCCACAUCCUGGCUGUUGGUCUCGCCUGCGUGUUCCCUUCGCCGCUCUUCGUUUCAGAGGGCGCACGUUUAGGCCAGACCUUCGCAGAGACGAGGUCUGGCGCCUCCCGCGCCUCCCUGACGCCGGCCAUUCUCGGGGCCCCGCCCUUUCUUCCGUGGGGCAGUGUCAGCCGCCGGGAAGUGCCGUCCUCGCCGGUGCCGGUGUCCGUCUUCCCCGGGUGGGAGCGGGGGGAGCUGCGCCCGGGAUAGGAGGCCUCCCGCCGAGGGUCGCUGGGGGCCUCAUGGGGGUGCAGGGGCUCUGGAAGCUUCUGGAGUGCUCCGGGCGGCAGGUGAGCCCGGAGACGCUGGAGGGGAAGAUCCUCGCCGUGGAUAUUAGCAUUUGGUUGAACCAGGCACUAAGAGGAGUCCGGGAUCGCCAUGGGAACUCAAUAGAAAAUGCACAUCUUCUCACUUUGUUUCAUCGACUCUGCAAACUCUUAUUUUUUCGAAUUCGUCCUAUUUUUGUGUUUGAUGGGGACGCUCCACUAUUGAAGAAACAGACUUUGGCUAAGAGAAGGCACAGAAAGGAUUUGGCAACCAGUGAUUCCAAAAAAACUACGGAGAAGCUUUUGAAAACAUUUUUGAAAAGACAGGCAAUCAAAACUGCCUUAAAAAGUAAAAGAGAUGAAGCGCUCCCCAGUCUUACCCAUGUUAGAAGAGAAGAUGACCUCUAUGCUUUGCCGCCUUUAGAGAAGGAAGAGAAGAACAGUUCAGAAGAAGAAGAUGAAAAAGAAUGGCAAGAAAGAAUGAGUCAGAAACAAACAUUACAGGAAGAGUUUUUUCGUAAUCCUCAUGCGAUAGAUAUUGAAUCUGAAGACUUCAUCAGCCUGCCUCUUGAAAUAAAGCAUGAAAUCCUGACUGAUAUGAAAGAAUUUACCAAGCGAAGAAGAACUUUAUUUGAAGCAAUGCCAGAGGAGUCUAAUGACUUUUCACAGUACCAGCUCAAAGGCUUGCUUAAAAAAAACUAUCUAAACCAACACAUAGAAAAUGUCCAAAGGGAAAUGAAUCAGCAACAGUCAGGACAAAUCCAAAGACAAUACGAAGAUGAAGGGGGCUUUUUGAAGGAGAUAGAGUCGAGGAGAGUGGUUUCUGAAGACACUUCACAUUACAUCUUGAUAAGAGGUGUUCAGGCUAAGAAGGCUGCAGAGGUGGGUUCGGAGGCUCCUCCUUCCAGCCAAGAGCACAGCAAGUAUCUGGACGUGAAGGCCUCCCCUUGUGAGAAACUGGGCCCGCAGGAAGAGGCCGCCGCGCCUCCUUCUCCGGGAACGUCCCUGGCCCUGCAGGCCGCCUUGCUGGGGGGCAGCUCGGAGGAGGAGGGCGGGGGGCAGCCCGCCGCGCGCAGCGCACCCGUGUCACCGCGGACUCUCUGGGCCAUUCAGAAGGCCCUUGAGGACGACGACGACGCAGAAGCGCAGACGGGGGCGGAGCCGGAGAAGCCCCCCGGGGACGGUCCCCCUGAGGACACCGCCGAAGGCCUGCGAGCGGGCGCUGGCACAGGGCCGCCGUUGCCAGCAGGGGCCCCCCUGACCCGCGUCCACUCGGCGCGGGAGCGCGAGACCCGCCCUGACGGUGGCCAGCGGCCGACCGACUCGGCACGUUUGUCACGGCCCGUCGGCGAAUCUCGAGUUCCAGAGCAAGAAACGUCCCCGAGUCAGGUGGCCAGCGACGCCUUUCAGACGGCGGUGGGGCCCCGCGGUGGGGAACCCGCUCCCGCUCCAGCACCGCCCACGAGUUCAAGGUCAGUGUCGACGAAUGACACACAGGCCAGCGUGCCUGAGCCACAAGCAGACCUUCCUGCCGCCGGCGGUAAAUAUGAUGAGCCUGCAGUUAGGGGUAGAGAAGACGCAGUUCCUUCAGAGGGCGCCGCGCCCGCACCCCGGGGUGGGGAACCCGCUUCCCCACCGCCCACGAGUUCAAAGUCAGUGUCGAGGAGGAAUGACACACAGGCCAGCGUGCCUGGGCCGCAAGCAGACCUUUGUGCCGCGGGCGGUAAAUAUGAUUCCUCUGUUCUUUCAAGCGAGGACGAAGCAGAAUGUGAAAAAAGUCCUCUUUCUAAAAUCACUGGCACUGUCGUUUUGCAUGAAACGAGUAAUAUACAAAGUGUCCCUUCAGAGGCAAAAAGUAAUUUCGAAAAUGCGGGAUCAUUUGAUGCUAAAGAGUGUGAGAAUUUCCUGAAAACCAUCCAAGAAGUCGAGACAGUGGAAUUGGCAGACCAGGACUUCAUUUCCCUUCCGAAAUCUGCGGAGCCCACGGAUAUCGACUCUGAAGAAAGUGACUCUGACGGAAGUUUCAUUGAAGUCCAGAGUGUCCCUAGUAGUGACGAACUUCAAGCUGAGUUACAUGAAGCUUCCAGACCUCCUUCUGGACAAGAUGAAGAGGAAUCAAUAGGAACUGAGACAGAAGAAGCCACUGCUGAUUCCGAGGGCCUCCUAAGACACGACUCUGGAAGUGAGGCCUUGGAUAUUGAGCCAUGUGAAGAAGCUGAAAAAGAGGCAGACAGUUCACUCAAUGAAUGGCAAGAUAUUAAUUUGGAGGAACUGGAAAGUCUGGAGAGCGACCUGUUGGCACAGCAGAGUUCACUGACCGCACAGAAGCAGCAGCAGGAGCGCAUUGCUGCUACCGUCACGGGGCAGAUGUUCCUGGAGAGCCAGGAACUUCUUCGCCUGUUUGGCGUCCCCUACAUCGAGGCUCCCAUGGAAGCAGAGGCUCAGUGCGCCCUCCUGGACCUGACUGAUCAGACUUCUGGAACAAUCACCGAUGACAGUGAUAUUUGGCUGUUUGGAGCCCGGCAUGUCUAUAAAAACUUUUUUAAUAAAAACAAGUUUGUGGAAUAUUACCAGUAUGUGGACUUUCACAACCAACUUGGACUAGACCGGAGCAAAUUAAUAAAUUUGGCCUAUUUGCUUGGAAGUGAUUAUACAGAAGGAAUACCAACGGUAGGUUGUAUUACAGCCAUGGAAAUUCUCAAAGAGUUCCCUGGACACGGCCUGGAACCUCUCCUAAAAUUCUCAGAGUGGUGGCAUGAAGCUCAAAAUAAUAAGAAGAUAAGACCUAACCCUCAUGACACCAAAGUGAAAACAAAGUUACGCAAGCUGCAGCUCACACCUGGCUUUCCGAACCCCGCUGUGGCAGACGCUUACCUCAGACCCGUGGUGGAUGACUCCAGGGGCUCAUUUCUGUGGGGGAGGCCGGAUCUCGACAAAAUUAGAGAAUUUUGUCAGCGUUAUUUUGGCUGGAACAGGACGAAGACAGAUGAGUCCCUGUUUCCAGUAUUAAAGCAACUGAACGCUCAGCAGACACAGCUCCGAAUUGAUUCUUUCUUUAGAUUAGCUCAACAGGAGAAACAAGAUGCUAAGGGUAUAAGGAGCCAGAGACUUAACAGAGCUGUGACAUGUAUGCUGAGAAAAGAAAGAGAAGAAGUGGCCAGUGAAAUAGAAGCCGUGUCCGUUGCCAUGGAGAAAGAGUGUGAGUUCCCUGAUAAGGCACAGGGGAGAACCCAGAAGAGAAGCCGGGAGAAUAGACAGAAAGAGUCCUCAAACCUGAAAAGAAAGAGGCUUUCGGAUUCUAAGCAACAGAGUGAACAUGGCGGGUUUCUGGGGGGCGCCUGCCUCUCGCCGCCACCCGGGGCAUCUUCAGGGGAGGAUGCUGAGUGUGUAUCUUCAGCGAGCCUGCGAAGUGGGAGCAUGGCCCAGGAGCCCCCCGCCAGCCGUCCGGCUUUGCGGAGCGCGGCGCGCCCUGCCCCCAUCCGCAUUGAAGACUCGACCAGCAGCAGCUCCAGUGACGAUGACCGGGCAGGGACAGCACCAGUGCUGGUGACUGCCAGAUCUGUGUUUGGGAAGAAAAAGGGCAAACUGAGAGGUAGCAGAGGGAAAAAGAGGAAAAGCUAAUUUAAACCAGUGUGUUCCGUGUCAUCGAGCAUAACUUAACAUCUCGUAAUGAAUUCGUUGUGAUGAAAUAGAACAAUUAAAAGUAUUGGCACAA